AGUCACCUUAUCAUUAUCCUCCGGCUCGGCUGGGUACAAUGUAAGAUGCACUCCCCAUCACAUAAGGCGAGAUUCCAGCGAGGGAAGACUUUUCACUGACUCGACUACCCGAACCAGGAAACUAUUUCCUAUAUAGCUCCGUCUCUAAAGAGUCUUCCGCAUGCACUGACUCUCAGAACGAGAGAAAAAGAGAUCGAUCUCUUCAAUUUUGCGAUUAGCUUUUACCGAUCUCAGUGAAUCAGUACACUUUCAGUUGAGGGGGCAAUGGCUGUUUCCGUGAGAUUAAUGGCCACGAUAGUAGCAUUUUGUGGUAUCGUUUCCUUCAUAUUUGGAGUUAUUGCAGAAAACAAGAAGCCAGCAUCUGGAACUCCAAUCACAGGGAAAGGCGUUGUUGUCUGCAAGUAUCCAUCUGAUCCUACUGUUGCUUUGGGGUAUUUGUCUGUAGUAUUUCUCAUUGCGACUACCGUGGCUGGGUAUUUGUCUCUGUUUUACCCUUACAAAGGAAGAUCUAUUCCACAAGCUGCUUUAUUUAAAAGCACCAGUUUUGUUGUAUUCUUCAACAUUGCUAUAUUUACUGCUGGAUUAGCUGGAACACUGCUAUUAUGGCCGACAAUCACCGAGCAGAUUCAUCUUGCACACAAUGUGCAUCACAAUCUCAACACGGAUUGCCCAACUGCCAAGACUGGUCUCCUUGGUGGUGGUGCUUUUUUAUCACUUGAUGCAUCCCUAUUCUGGUUGGUUGCUCUUAUGCUUGCUGACAACGCUCGAGAGGACUACUUUGACGAAACAGGAAAGGAUGGUGUCGUGGAGCAGGGUCAGGUUUUCAUAGAUGAUUAUGAUACACGUGCACCUGCAAAGGGCAGCGUGUGAAGUAUUUGUGUAGUGCAGGCUCUCUCUUUGACUUUAGGAUUCUCCAUUUUAUAUGCAUAUGAUAGAUCAUCAGCAACAGAGGGGGAUUAGAGUUUGGUUGUGAAUAUUGUUCGCACAAUGAUUGUCCUUUCUUUUGUGUUCUCUCUUUAGCCAUGGAUUGGAUUCUACGUUUUAGUAUGUAUAAAAUUAUUUCAUGUUGGACUCUUGAU